AUGUCGGGCGGGCCGCCACGCCCCCCGGACCCCGUGCGCACCAACGAUGACCACCCCGACGAGGCCCUGCGCACCGCGCCGUCCGUCCGCAGCUCCACGGGCGCGCUGAGCCCCACCGCGGCGCUGCUCCCGGACGCCGCCGGCGCCCCCGCGCCCGCCACGAGGCACGACGCCCUCCCAGCGUCGCGAGCGCCGGGGGCCGCCCCGCCGGGCAAGCCCGGGGCCGGGGGCGCGGGCGCGGAGGAGGAGGAGGCGGUGUUCACGGUGGACGACGCUCUGUCAGACAUGGGGUUCGGGAAGUGGCAGUUGCUGGUGUUGUUUUACUGCGGGGUGGCGUGGUCGGCGGACGCGAUGGAGAUGAUGCUGCUGUCGUUCCUCGGGCCCGAGGCGCAGUGCGAGUGGGGCCUGGGCCCCUGGGCGGAGUCGCUCCUCACGACGGUGGUGUUUUUGGGUAUGAUGCUCGGUAGCAACAUUUGGGGGUCCGUGUCCGACUCCCGCGGGCGGCGCGCGGGGUUCUUCGCCUCGGCGCUCUUCACGUGCAUCUUCGGCCUCCUCGCCGCGCUCGCGCCGAACUACGGCAUGCUGCUGCUCCUGCGGGGCCUGACGGGGCUAGGGAUGGGGGGGUUCCACGUGGCGUUCGCGCUGCUGGCGGAAUUCAUUCCGAAGCGGCAUCGCGGGCAGGUGCUCGUGGCGGUGGCGGUGUUCUGGACGAUCGGGUCGAUGAUGGAGGGCGCGCUGGCCUGGGUGGUGCUGCCCAGCCUGAACUGGCGGUGGCUGGUCGGUCUCUCGUCGAUCCCGCUCUGGCUGCUCAUGGGGCUCUACCCGCUCGUGCCGGAGUCCCCGCACUUCCUCCUCUCCACGGGCGACUCGGACAGGGCGCGGAAGGUCCUGGAGGGCAUCGCGAGGUGGAACCACACGCAGGUGCCCCAGGGUCGUCUCGUGACGGCGGAGGAGAAGAAGGAGGUUGUGCGCGCGGCGCAGGAGGCCGAGGAGGAGGAGGCCGCGGAGUACUGGGCCACGCCCGUCGGCCUGGUCACCACGGCGUCGUUCCGGCGCCGGCCUGAGUCAGCGGAGGAGUCCCCCCACCACCUGCGCAAGCGGGGGAGCACGGACGCGCACCCGCCGCGCGGGCCCUGGGUGCAGACGCAGCGCUGGCACGACCGCGACGUCGCCGACGCGCGUGCGUCGCCGGGGGGCACCGGCGCCGCGGCUGCCGCGGGUGGGACGCAGGCCGGGGGUGGUGGCGGGGAGGAGGACGCACUGGGGCGGGGGACGCACGCGGUGCAGGGGCAGCCGUGGACGACGGCGUACGAUCCGAACGGCGACGUCACGGUGGUCGCGGCGGCCGGCGUGACGUACGCGGCGGACGCCGGCGAGCGCUGGGGCCGACAGCUGUGGCAAGACCUGAAGGACUCGAUGCAGGUGUUGUACCCGCCGUACCGCGAGGUCACGGUGCUGCUCCUCACGGUGUGGUUCGCGUCGGCGUGCACGUACUACGGCGUGGUGCUGCUGGCCACGUCCCUGCGCGCCAGCGAGGGCGGCUGCCGCGCGGACGGGCGGCCGAAUCUGACCGCGGACGACUACCGCGACAUCUUCGUGACGUCCGUCGCGGAGCUCCCGGGCAUCGUGCUCGCGUUCUUCGCCGUGGACUGGCUCGGGCGCAUCUACUCGCUCGCGGGGGGACUAGCGCUCACCGCGCUGGCGAUCCUGCCGCUCCUCAUGAUCAGCUCGUCGCACAAGGCGGCGAUGACGGGGCUUCUGUUCGUCUCGCGGUGCCUCGUGCUGUCCACGUUCCAGGUGGCGUGGAUUUACACCCCCGAGGUGUUUCCGACCGACGUCAGGUCCUUCGCGCUGGGCCUCACCAACGGCUUCGCGCGCGUCGGCGGGCUCGUGUCGCCCUUCGUCUCCGUCGCCCUCGUCGAGUCCGGGCUCGAAGAGAUGGCCGAGGCGCUGUUUUUGACCCUGUGCCUCGUCGGCGCCGCGGCGGCGCUCUGCCUGCCGAUCGAGACGGCGGGCCGCGGGCUCGACCACGAGUACAGCGCGGACGACCUGCAGGCGAAGUGGCCGUGGAAGUGGUCGCUGCCGGGGCGCCGCGGCGCGCGGGGCGCGGCAGGCGGCAGCGGCAAGGAGGUCGGCCUGCAAACCUUCGCCGAACCGGUGCCGCGCGCCGGCGCGCAGAACGGCGCCGUGCCGGCGCCUUCGGGAGCGAACAAGGUCUGA